GGGCCCGGGGUGGGGGCGGUGGGGCCGCUCUGUCCCGGGGCCGCUCUCGCGGAGGCGCACGUGACCAGUUUCCAGCAAUACCGAGACCUGUACAUCCAGUCCGUGCAGAACCCGACAGAAUUCUGGGGGAAAAUUGCAAAAGAAUUUUACUGGAAAACCCCAUACACGGGCAACUUCAUGGACUACAAUUUUGAUUUGACCCGAGCAAAAAUUUACAUUAGAUGCAUGCAAGGUGCCACCACCAACAUGUGCUACAAUGUUUUGGACAGAAAUGUUAAUGAGAAAAAACUCGGGGAUAAAAUUGCAUUUUACUGGGAGGGCAAUAAGCCAGAGGACUAUGCCAGAAUCACUUACAAAGAGCUCUUGCAGCAAGUCUGCAAGUUUGCCAAUGUCCUCCGAGCCCAAGGGAUCAAGAAGGGAGACCAUGUCGCGAUCUACAUGCCGAUGAUAAUCGAGCUGAUAGUUGCCAUGUUGGCCUGUGCCAGGGUGGGGGCUGUGCACUCCAUUGUGUUUGCAGGAUUUUCUGCAGAAGCUCUGAGCGAGCGGAUUCUGGAUUGUUCCUGUUCUCUGCUAAUUACGGCAGAUGGGUUUUACAGAGGAGAUAAAUUCAUAAAACUAAAAGAGAUAACAGAUGAAGCACUCAAGCUACACGGGGAGAACCCUGUUAAAAAGUGCAUUGUCGUGAAGCACCUAAAAGCUACAAAAGAAAAUGACAAAACUUCAACACAAUCCAAUUUACCACCCGCAAAGCGGGCCUGCCUCAAAUUACAGGAUAAUCAUAAUGAGAAAGCAAAGAAUGUGCUUCAUAAAACACAGAUUCCCUGGAACGAGGAGGUUGACGUUUGGUGGCACGAGGUGAUGAAGGAAGCCGGUGAGGAGUGUGAGCCCGAAUGGUGCAGCGCUGAGGAUCCUCUAUUUAUCCUGUACACCAGUGGGUCCACCGGCAAACCCAAGGGUGUGAAGCACACAAUUGGCGGCUACCUCCUUUAUACGGCUACAACCUUUAAGUAUGUGUUUGACUACCAGCCCAGCGAUGUAUACUGGUGCACAGCUGACGUGGGAUGGAUCACUGGACACUCUUACCUCACGUACGGACCCCUGGCCAAUGGCGCAACUAGUGUUCUGUUUGAAGGAGUGCCGACUUAUCCAGAUGUGAGCCGAUUCUGGGAGAUAAUCGACAAAUACCUGGUGACAAAGUUUUACACUGCUCCAACUGCCAUUCGAUUGCUCAUGAAAUAUGGUGACGAGCCAGUCAAAAGGUUCAGUCGGAAAUCUUUGAAAAUCCUUGGUACAGUGGGCGAGCCCAUUAACCCCGAGGCUUGGCUGUGGUACUACAAUGUGGUGGGUGACAGGAGAUGUCCAAUUAUGGACACCUAUUGGCAGACUGAAACUGGCGGUCACAUGCUCACUCCUCUCCCAGCUGUUACCCCACUGAAGCCAGGCUCAGCGACUCUUCCCUUUUUUAGUGUGGUCCCGGCUAUUCUCAGUGAAUCGGGAGAGGAGCUGGAAGGGGAAGCAGAAGGUUAUCUGGUAUUCAAGAAACCCUGGCCGUCCAUCAUGCGGGAAGUUUAUGGCAGCUACGAGCGAUUUGAGAGCAGCUACUUUAAAAGGUUUCCCGGUUAUUUUGUCACAGGAGAUGGCUGCAAGAGAGACAAAGAUGGUUACUAUUGGAUUACUGGAAGGAUUGACGACAUGCUGAAUAUAUCGGGACACCUCCUGAGCACUGCUGAAGUGGAAUCUGCUAUAAUGGAACAUCUUGCUGUCGCGGAGGUGGCUGCUGUGAGUCACCCACACCCAGUGAAAGGAGAGUCGCUUUAUUGUUUUGUCACUCUGAAAGAUGGACAUGAAUUUACCGAUGAACUGGUCACUGAACUGAAAAACCAAGUACGGAAAAAAAUCGGACCCAUCGCAGCCCCGGACUAUAUACAGAAUGCCGCUCAACUGCCCAAAACCCGUUCUGGUAAAAUCAUGAGACGUCUUCUGAGGAAGAUCGCCCGUAACGAGAGGGACCUCGGAAACACUUCCACCCUUGCAGAUGAAAGUGUUUUAGAAGCACUUUUCAAAAACCGCGUUGAAACGAUUUGAGGAAGAAGAGUUCAGCCACUCUAUUCGGAUGUUUAACUUGUAAUUUAAAACGGUGGUGGGGGUGGGGAGGGGGGCGCGGGGAGAGCAUGUCAAAUCCAAGGGGAAAAGGGGUGCUUUGGUUUAGAAACAAGACAUCUGCAAUUAAAUUAUAGUAAUGAAACAAAUGAUUGUGUUUGUAAAUAAUUGUCUUGUCUCUAAAUUGUGUCUCAUCUCUGUAUCUGGCUUGAAUAUAAAUUCAUAAGUCAGUCUACAUGUUAUUUCAUUUCAAUUUUUUUUCUCAAUAUGUACUUUGAAUUUUUUAUUUUGUCGUGGAAUGCGUUUUUUUUAAUAUCAAAUGUUUUCUAAUGUUUGAAAUAGCCAAAGAUUUCCGUUGUGUUUUGUUUAAACAGAGCUUAGCCGUGCUGCAGGUUAGCCAUUCAAUGCAUGCAAGUCACAGUGGUUCACGUGGUGUAAAUAGUUGGGAUUAUAGUAUAAGAAUCAUUAGUAUUGAUCAUGUAGUGAAUUAGGUGAGUUAAGUAGAAUGAAUUAAGGAAAUAAAAACUGCCGUAUGACACACACACAGUCCUAGUAAAGAGGCACCGAGCUUGGGGGAGUACACUGGAAUUGUGACCCAUGGCCGGGGAAGAUCAGGAUAGCUGGAUCUGGAGGAUAGAUGGUAGGCCAUCUACGCUUACAAGGGCAGGUGACCUAUGGGCAGGAGCGAGAGGAACUUGGGAUAAUUGGACCAGGAGAAUGGAUGGGAUACAAACUAGUUAUUAAAACUGAGAAAAAACUUAAAAGUGAGCAGGUCACGUGGACCGAUCUUGAAGGAAGGACUGAAACUUCAGGGAUGUGGAGUCAGGUGGUUUGGUCGGGCUCGAUAAGGUGGAAUAGGAGGAGUAUUGUUCCUUUGCCUAAGCUAUCCGAGCUGGUACAAGGAGAAAUAACUCGAAGAUAGAGAAAGAAUGCCUGGGAAAAGUGCAGAGAACGGGAAAGAAGUCAUGAAAAAGAGAGUUCGAACACAGAUGGCUGGCGAAAAAGGGUAUAUAAAAAAACUAGUUGUUUUGGAGCCUCUGAGGAGAGAAAGGGGACAAACCUCUACAGAGAGGAAGAAGAGUGCCUUUGAGGGAAAGAGGACAAGUCCAGCUCUCACCAGAACGGACCGCGAAGAGGGCAAGUUCAGCCCUUGCCGGAGUGGACCACCGAGAGACGGUUGCAGCAAGAAGCAAGCCAGAGGCAGUGUUUAACUUUUGUGCCAGCCUUAGAACUUCGUCUCUCCUACUUACUAAAACACGUACCCAACAUACAUACAAAACAAUUUAGAGAUUAUUUAGGCACAUUUCAUAUAUCACAUAAUUUUUUUUAUCUAUGUUUAGAAUCUUAGUAUUGAAUGUAUCUUGUUAAAAUAGUGCUUUAGUCAUGUAUUUAGUUAAGAUGGUGCUUUAGUAGUCAUUUAAGUGCGACGAGUAAUGAUAACGCUUCGGGUGUAAUGUGUUUGUGCGGUUUUAUAAUUGUUAAUAAAAUGUUUUAAUAAUA